GCUGAUGCAACGCGACCAAUACGGCCAUGAAAUUCUCCGCACCAUGUUACGUAUAUACGUAUGCAAUACGUUUGUACAUACAUAUAUGUGCAAAAGUAACUAUAUACGUUUCAUUCGACGAAUUGAGUCAAGAAGAGUAUUUGAAAUUGUACCAGAAUAGAAUACAUCCAAUGAGAACGAUCGAGAUAAAAAAACGUGAUUGAUUUGAAACUAUAAAUGGCGCGCACAGAAAGAACAUAAUGCCCAUUCCAUCAUAACUGCUUCCAUCUAUAGUGAAUUAUGCAGUGCUUUGUAAAUAUCGAUUUUUAUUCGAAAUAAGGAUGAUCCAAACAGAAUUUAUCUGUAUCCUUCCAAUUUUUGUAUGGUCAAAUCAAUUUCGCGAUCGAAUAGUUGACCAUUGCACGAUUAUCCAUACUAUUUAACGAGAAAAACAAGAUCAUGACAAGGGUUUUUUACACUUUACAGUAGAAAAUGUACGAAUCUACUUAUUGGUCUUAAGAUUACCAAUGCUAUCAAAUAUUAAAAAUCUUAGAAAUGUUACGACGAAACAGAUUAAAAAACAAAGCCAUCGCAAUUGCCUUGCUGGUGCUGGCUGCUGUAAUUUACAAUGAGUUUUCAGUGUACGAUAUACAAAAAUUAAAGUGGUCAGUACAAGAAUGUUCAGAAUGUGUCAAAGUGCUAAUUGUUGCUGACCCUCAGAUAUUAGGUGAAAAGAAUGAAAAUUAUUUUGGCUCUUGGUUAGCACAAUGGGAUAGUGACAAGUACUUGGAGAAAACAUUUUCCAGAGCCUUAGACCACUCUGAUCCUCAUGUUGUUGUAUUUCUUGGAGAUCUUAUGGACGAAGGACAUGUUGCUGGUGCAGAAAGUUUUAAAUCUUAUAAAAGAAGAUUAGAUUCUAUCUUUCAAAUGCCUGACCAUAUAAUGAAAAUUUAUAUACCAGGAGAUAAUGACAUUGGAGGUGAAGAGGAUGCAGUUUCAUCCAAUAUUAAUAAUAGAUUUAAUUUUGCAUAUAGUCAGCCAGAUACUUUAGUUUAUAAGACAGUAACAUUUUUCAAGGUGAACAGAUUAACACAUACAAUGCCAGAAGCACCAAAAGAUGCCUUCCUUAAUGAUUAUGCAGAAAGAAACACAACAAAUGUAGUACUUAGUCAUAUGCCUUUAUUAUUUAUGCCUGGUACCUUCGUCCAAAAUGUACUGAAAGAAUUAUCUCCCCAAAUUAUUUUUACUGCACACAAACAUAAGGCCAUGCAUAUCAGUUUAGAUACAGCAACAGACCAAUUAAGUGAAAUUUGGGUUUUACCUCCCUACGAAACUCCGUUAUAUCGAUUAAGAAUGGACGUAGGUGAUAUUCACGAGUUACAAAUACCCACAUGUUCAUACAGAAUGGGUACUCCGCAUACGGGUUACGGACUUGUUUAUAUCGAUACACAAGAGAAAGUGGUAGAAUUUACAAUUUUAUGGCUCCCAGGAAGAUUUCCUCAAUUAUGGCUUUACGUUUUCGUUGGAAUAUUUAUUUUAGCUUUUAGUAUUUGCACGUGUAUCUCCAGUUAUUGCAUAAAAGGCCAUGCAGCAUAUAAUCGUAUGUCCUCAAUAUAAGGCAACAUAUAAUCAAAAGUACACAAAAAAUACUUAGAUAUUAAAUAAGAUCUGAAAUAUGACAACUUGACAUCAGAAGUAAGGUAUAAAGAUCCGUCCACUGUAAGUGAUUCUGUGUCAAGUUUCGAAUGGAAAAAGAAUAAUGUGAUAGUAAUUAGACGCUUCGCAAGGAAAUUUACUUAUUAUCAAACAUAAGUGGUAUAAUUCUUAGAACAUGUUCCUAAAUGACUUAAUAUGAUUGACACUUAAAGAUAAACAACUUCAUUCAUUCAUGACUUAUAUAAAUUAAUUACUUAAUUUUAUUUUAAAUAUUAUUCUAACACGAUGCUAUAUUUAUUUGUUUUUUAUUAAAAUAAGCUCGUAAUUGUUAAUUACAAGGCUGAAGUAAUGUAGUUUUAUAGCAUAUAUGAAUUUUUUUUUAUCUGUAAUAUUCAAUAGCAUAGUACUAAGUAUGUACUAAGUAUAGUACUAAAUGUAUAUAAAAUGAACGCAGAAAUAUCAUCUAUAUUGAAAGUCAUCUAUAUUUCUCCUGUUCAAAUAAAUUGAAAGAGAUUAUAAUCGCUAUAUUGACAUAGCGUGACAUUGUUAAUUUUUUUAGAAGAGACGGUUUAUAUUUGUGUGUGAAAAUGUAUAUACGUUUGCCUAAAAUAAAUAUAGUAUAUUAAAUU